AUGGAUAGCGAUUUUACGAUCUAAAAUCUAAUACCUAAAUCUUUGGUUUAAGAGUUCGGAUCUCCUUUAUACGUUUAUGAUGAAGAGAUUAUAAAACGAUAGUGCCAAACUAUAACUACUGCCCUAAAGAAUUCAUUUGAUUAAGGGGCUAAAGUAUUGUAUGCUUGCAAAGCCAACACUAAUCCAAACAUUUUAAAAAUAAUGAGAUCAAAUGGAGUGCAUGGCAUAGAUGCUGUAUCGCCAAAUGAAGUAGAAGUAGCUUUAUAGGCUGGAUUUCUUAAUAAUCAAAUUACCUAUACAGCAAAUUAUAUGACAAAAGAGGAAAUCGAAUAUGCAAUCCAGAAAGGAGUGAUUCUAAAUGUUGGUGAGAUAGAUACAUUAAAAAAGUUAAUUGCAUAUUAAGCUGAAGUGAUUAUCAGAUUAAAUUUGGACAUUGGAAUUGGUCACCAUAAUCAUGUUAACACAGGGGGAAAUGAUAGUAAAUUUGGUAUCAAUCUCAUGUGGAAGGAAUAGCUCUCUGAAAUUCAAAAACAGGGCGUCAAAAUUAUUGGAUUGCAUCAACACAUGGGCAGCAAAAUUAUGAAGAAAGAUCAUGAUUCUUAUUUAUUAGGAAUUGAGAAAUUAUUUUAGGCUGCCACCUAAGAAUUAGAAUUACCUUAUUUAAAAUAUAUAGAUAUUGGAGGCGGCUUUGGAGUGAAAUACCAAGACUAUGAAGAAACUAGUGAUUUAAAUCUUUUAUUCUCAGAAAUCAAAAAACUAUAUGAUAAAUAUUUCAUUAAUGUCAAACCAAUGUUAUUUAUUGAACCUGGAAGAUAUUUGAUAGCUGAAUCAGGAUAUUUACUUUGCACAGUUUAAGCAAUCAACACUAAUAAAUCAAGAACAUUUGUUGGAACUGAUUCAGGAAUGCAUCAUCUGAUAAGGCCAGCCUUGUACGAGUCCUAUCAUGAAAUUAUAAACUCAGAAUAGAAAUAAGUGGAACCAAGAAUCGUGACUGUUUGUGGAAAUAUCUGCGAAAGUGGAGAUUUGCUAGGUGUGGAUAGAAACCUAAAGGUCGAAGUUAGUGAUGUUCUUGUUAUUUAAAAUGGUGGAGCUUAUGGAUUUUCUAUGAGUUCCAAUUACAAUUUAAGAGAAAGACCUGCAGAAAUUUUGGUUAGAGACAGCAAACCAUAUAUCAUAAGAAAAAGAGAAACUUUAGAUUAUCUAUUAGCAAACGUAGUGAUAUUAUGA